AUGAUCGUUGAGCGUGCCUUCUCCUACGAAGAGGGGUUCAGGAGGCUGGUGGAAAGGGGCCGGCGGGCCAGGAACCACUUUACCGAGGCGAAUCUUCGCCUGGUGGUCAGCAUGGCCAGGAAGUACCCCGCGGGGGGGCUGUCGAUGGACGCCAUCCAGGAGGGGAACCUCGGGCUGAUGCACGCGGUGGAGAAAUUUGACCACCGGCAAGGCACGAGGUUUUCCACCUACGCCGUCUGGUGGAUUCGGCAGGCGAUGUCCCGUUACAGCGCCUCCCAGAGGAGCCUGGUCCGGUUGCCGGAGAGGAUGGUCUCCGAAAAGAAUCGGACGGGUCGAGUCCGGGAGCAGUUGUGGCAGGACCUGGGGAGGGAGCCUACUCGCAAAGAGGUGGCGGAGGCAUCGGGCAUGGAGGUUGAAAGACUGGACCUCAUUGACCUGGCCACCCGCCCGGCGGUGCAACUGGAUAUGCCCAGGGGUGAAGACAACAAAAAGACACUGGCCGAUAUCACCCCCGAUCCCAGCCAGGGCACCGAGGAAGAGGUCUGUGCCGCUGAGAUUAGCGACCUUCUGCUCGGAGCGCUGGCGACGCUGCCGGAAAGGGAGCAGCGGGUGCUGAUCCUGCGCUUUGGCCUCCUUGAUGACCGGGAAUGGACCCUGGCCGAGGUGGGCAAGGAACUGGGUGUAUCCCGGGAACGGGUGCGGCAGAUCGAGAUGAAUGCCCUGAAGAGGCUGCGUCACCCCAGCCUUGGCCUCUCCCGUUAG